GUGAGCAUGAGAAAGUAGAAGUUGUGUUAUAAUCAAGUAUUUUGCUGAUAAAUGUGUCUACUACAAGUUUGUUACGAAUUACCAGGUUAUAUUUAGUGUGGUUUAUAGCACUAAGCAAACUUCUGAAAUGACUGAAAAUGCAAAUUGAAGUUAAUACGGUAUAAACUUGAAGAGGGACGACAACUUUACCUGUUGGCACGUGUUGCUUGUUCCCGGCCAUGGAAACGGCAGGAAUGACGUCACAGACCUGCUACGAGAUGGAACGCUAUCUGAAGGACGAGCCGAAGCUACAGUCGUACAAGAAGUUGCCCAAUGACCUGAAUACACCGUGGAACCUGUUCACGGCGCCAGGUCCAGCUGCUGCCAUGGCAGUAGCAGCGGCCGCAUCCUGGGCCAAGGUAGAUCCACUGACCCUGGACGAGCUGAACUUGAGCGAGAGGCACCUGGACACCUUGAGCAUGAGUUCCGCCAGCUCUGCGUGCAGCGGCGUGUCGUGGGACAGUUCCUUGAGCUGUGCCGUGCUCGUCAAGAAGGAACCCGUUGAAGACGAUGAGGAGGAUGAGGAGGAAGACUGCUACGAGGAUACUAUUAGCAGUAACAGUGGCAGCCGGAGGUAUCAAGGUACUGCUAGCGGUACUGGCAGUAACAAUAGUGGCAAACCAGUGGAGUUAAGACUCUUAGCUAGGACAUCUUCAUCGGCACAAUCUAUUCUUCCAACUCUGACACCCCCAUCUAGCCCAGAGUCAGGUCAGGGCCACAGUAACAGUAGCAGCUCUUCAAGCAGUGGCAGUGUUGCUAGCAGCGCGGGCGAUGUGUCAGUAGGUCAGGGACUGUUGCGAGUCGCCAACGGGGCCCCUCGCAGUGCCAUAGUAAGGAUGACUGCCAGAAGCUCUCCCGGUGUGACUCGGCUUAUCUCGGUGACCCAAAAUCCGUUUACCCCCGCACCUCGCAACAACAGCAACAGCAGUAGCAGUCAGAUACAAGUGGGAUCUCCGCCGUCACCACCCGGCCCGAACCCAGCGGGUACUCCCAGCGGUGGGACGACAGCCACAAACACCGGGAACAACAGGCAUCACUCCAGGCACGAUCAUUCGCCUGAUUCCAAGAGGAGGAUACACAAAUGUCUGUUUCCGGGCUGCAAGAAGGUGUACACGAAAAGCUCGCACCUCAAGGCACACCAGAGGACACACACAGGUGAGAAGCCAUACAAGUGCUCAUGGGAAGGCUGCGAGUGGAGGUUCGCAAGGUCGGACGAGUUAACCCGUCACUACAGGAAACAUACUGGCGCUAAGCCCUUCAAAUGCCGCCAUUGCGACCGAUGUUUUUCUCGAUCGGAUCAUCUGGCACUCCACAUGAAGAGACACAAUUAAUGAAUACCCUUUUCACAUCCCAAAAUGCCAAAAAGAUAACACUUAUCAUCACUGCCAAGAAGAAAAUAUAUUUGAGACAUACCAGUUAAAAAAGAUUAGAACAAGUUUGACUGAUACACAGCCAAUAUCAAAUGGGGCCAGUUCGUUUUAGUAGUAUUUUCCACUUUUCGCUCUCCCAUUUACUACGUUACCUACUUACAUUGCUUUUAUGUACAUCAGGCUAAUGUCUUUAAAACAAGGACUUUGAUGUCAUGUUACCACUUUAGUAAAAACAAAUGUAAUUAAUCGAGAGUGCGUUUUAGAAAGAUGAGAAUAUCUUGUGGGGGGCAGCGUGUUUGGACAUGAAUGAUUUAGUAAUGUGUUUUGAAACUUGGUUGUCUGGAGAGGAGACAACAAACAGCAUUGUGAAUAAAUGGAGGGAGUUAACGCAGAAAUAUGGCGGUGGUGGUGAAAGACUUACCUUUUCUCUUCUUUUCAGUGUUUUUAAGGAAACAUCAAACAACAACAACAACAAAAAUGUAUAUUGUAAACAACAUGAAGAUACUUCUUGUUGUAAGCGGGUUACGUCCUCUUAUCAGUGAUGUUUUCCCCUUGUGAUGAGUACCUUCCCCAUGUCUGAACAAGUGAAAAUCGGUAUAAUUAAUAUUCCGAGUCUCCUGUGUGCGCUGAACUGAGUCAUGUAGGACACAUUUGACUUUUUUUCCUAUGUGCAAUGAAAAAAAAAAGAUCUUUUCUCCCGCUUCCAUUUGCUCUUUCCUCUACAUAUGUAUAUAUACAUAAAAUGCAAAAAAAAAAUAUAUUAAGAAAAAUUGCAAAAUGUUAAUCCAAAUGCAAAGUGAAGGCAGUAUUUUUCAAAAAGACUGGCUAUGUACAGUGAUUCUCACCUAAGAGAGACAAGACUUGAAGUUAAUGCGCCAGUGGACCCGAGUGAAUGUUGUGUGUGUACUGAUUGACUCCAAGUUCCUUUUGUUAAAAUGAUGUAAUUCUUAACAAAAUGUUAAGUGACAUAAAUGUGUUUAAUUACUUUAGAUCUUAUCACAUCAUUAAAUAUAUAAAUUCAAUGUGAUCCAGCUCAUUCUCACAGUUUUGUAAGUAACAGAUUUCGAAUUUUUUAACUGUAGAUUGUUUGUAACUGCAAGAAUGACUCAAAGGCCAUAAUUUUUUUGUAUUCCCUCAAUGUCAUUUUAAUUAAAGGGGACUUGAACUAUGAGGUACUCUAUUUCUUUUCAUUCCUUCAGCAUAAAACUUCGCUUUGAAUUGUUUAAGCGAAGAAAAAGAUGGACGAUAUGGGAAAGAAAUUAUAAAAUGCAAGAAAGCAACUUUUCUUUCCUUCUGUUAAUUUUUAUAACACAGCGAAAUAAUUAAUUUAUCAUGUAUAUAUUUAAAAAGUGUCCUUGACUAAAUAUUUUUUCCUCAAACGCAUGCAACGAUCACUUAACUAUGGUAAUAACUGUACAUCUUAUGUACAUAAUAAGAAUUUCUGUGGUUAAUUUUGAGAUCUUAGCAUUACUCUUGUUUGUGUCCUUAUUCUACAUACAUUCCUCUUGUACGCCCUUACUUUCGUAUCUAAACUCUGCUUGGAUGAAAACAAGGAGAGAAAGAAUUUAUUACCAAACAAAUAGAUUUUUUAGUGUUUGUACAGUGAGGCUUCAUGGAGCUACAAAAGAAAAUGAAAAAUUAUACGAUUAUUGUAUAUUUUGUGCAUCCUGUCGUACCGAAAAUUAUAUUUACAGUUUGUAAAUUGACAACAAAAAUAGAUGCUUUGAAUGUUUAAAAAAGUAAAGCGAGCUACCGAGAAGGGUAAAAAACCCACUGGAUUGACUUUGUUUUUUUGUAAUGUAUUAUUGUUAUGAUAAGCAGUCAUGUCAGCAUUGUGGGCAAGCUCUCAAAACAGUUCUUCCGAUUGUUAUGCUGUAAUACAAUUAAGGCAUAACGAUUAAAGUUGAAAAGAGAAACAACAUGUCAGAUAAAGGAAUGCGUGCUUUUUUUGUAAAAAAAAAAAAUAAGACAGUGAGAGAAUUUGGAGUGGGAUUGCAAAUAAGGGGCAUUCUCAUUUCUUGAUAUGCUCCUAUUCAAUGUUUAAAGAUUAUUUGUCUUACUGAAUUUCUGAAUCGCUGGAUUUCUUUUGUCAUUGCUUUUUCCUAGCUGUUGACGUAUACAGAUCAUUUUUUUGUUUCCAAAUUUUUUGGAGUGGGUUAUGAAACUCCAGAAUAUUAAAAAAUUCCAUACCUUCGUGUUCUUAUUAAAAUUUGUUUUUACUGUAUACUAGUUUGUGUGAAGAAAAAAAUAGACCUUGUUACUGCAGGCAGUUCUAAAUAUACAGAGAUUCUGUUCUGAAGAAUAGACUCGCAAUUCAAAUACGUAAUGGACCAUACAGUACACACUGAACAUCGAGUGAUCAAUGUCAUUAGCAAAUGCAGACUGCUUGGUGCCAUCUGCAGUCCUGCAAACUCUGAAUUAGUACACUACAGUAUAAAUUUAACAAAUUACAUAGGUCUGCUGGAUGCCUUUCUGGAAACUUACACAUUAUCUGAAUUGGGUUCUCUUCUGGGCUUGAAACUGAGUGCUGGAAAUGGUUCUGUGGUCUGGAUAAAAUGUCUUGAAUGAAUGUUACAGAAUCUGUUUAUUCACUAAAGGUAUGAAUGGGGCCUCAGUUUUAAAAACAUCAUCACUACUCUUGUUUCCUGCAUUCACAGGUUAAUUUAAAUAAAACUAUUAGAUACAAAUAUAUUUUUAAUAUAUUCAGUAGCAUUUCACUACACACUACAUGUUUUAUCAGAAUUACACCAACUUCAGAGGUUGUUUAAUUACGUAUAUAAUGUAUUAAAAGUAAGAAUGUUAUUAAAUUGGUUAAAUUGUAUAGACCAAAGUUCUGUCAGAUGGUUUUAUUAAUUUGACUUAUGAAUCAGUAGGCCCUAUUCUCCUUGUUAUAUUUUAGAACAACAGUAAACACCAUCCCUGUGCAUGUUGGAACACUUUCCUCAGGAAGGAAUGAUGAAAUCAGUAGUUGACUGUGAAAUUUCAGGUUCUCACAACAGUGAGUAUGAAGAACACUGUCUUUUGAAGAAGGUGACACCAGGUAUUCUGAUAGAUGUUUACAAACAUUUCAGAGGAAUAUGCUGCCUCCAUCUUCAGGAUAGAAGAGAGAUCCAUGUGUGGCAGUACUCUGUCUGAAGAAGGAAUUGGAGGCCUGUGAAAGAGUGCUGAUGGCUCUGAGUGAAACAGUUCUUGAUAGAUGCAUGAAGAGAGUAAGGAAACAGUGGCCCCGGAGGUCUUAGUUCAAGGCCAGAGUGAAUAUGAGAGUAGAUAUAUCUCUGAAAGAGCCUGGUAACAGAGUGGGGAAAUGAGAUCGGAGAAUACAUGGAACAAGAUUGGCGUAGAUUGGGGGAAGAUGAAAAUGACAGUAAUAAGAAGCUUCAAAAUGGCUCAGUUCACCAGGCCUAAGAAUUGUUUCAAAAACCCCCAUUGUGGCAGAUAAUACAGAUGAGCAGCACUUUCUCUGGAAUGUCCAUAAACUCAUACCAGAAUACUAGACAUGACACCUCAGAAGACAGUCUUCUUCAGUAAUUAUUUUCUGAUGCUCAACUUUUGCUGCACUUUCUACAGGCAGUGACAAUGAAUAUUUAUUUUUCAAUUUAUUUUACAGCGCUAUCAGUAUCUAGACAAUAUAGCGUUGAAUGGUAAGGUGAAUAAUGAAUUAUGAAGGUUGGAAAGUAAACUACCAUGGCCUAAUUAAGGUGCUAUUCCAUUAUUUGCCUGGAGUAACUGAGAUUCGAAACAAGUACUUACACCAUCCUGCACAGUGACAAACUGACAUGAAUUGGAAUUAUCAUAAGCAGUCAGUCUGGCAAGUUCCAUUAGAGUGCUCAGUGGUAUGUUAUUUCCUCCAAUAAAGGCGUUUAGUACAGAAUAUGGUACCUACAUUUUGCUCAAUCAAACAUUUGAUGGUAUAUGAUGGCUGUUAGAAAUUCCUGUGUGAAUGAAAACCAGAAUUAUUAGAUGAAAAUUAGUUUGCCCUUAGUUCACUCUAUUACCAGUGUAAUGUAGUGCAUUCAUAUGAAGAGUGAUAGAGAAAUUUUGAUUGGAGAAAUACAGACUGAUAUAAUGUCAGGGAGGAAAGGUAACACCAAUCAGCUUACUGUAUACUAUGGCCAUAAUUGUGUGGCUGAACAGGUGUGUUGGACAUGUAUGUGGCUCGAUGUUACUGCGUUUUUAAAUGUUCCUCUCUCAGCACGAACAGCCUGCAGUAGUAAUGAUCUUGUACUAUUGCUUGUAUUUCCCGCUCAGUGAAAAAUAAACGUAUGUUCCUGUUAAA